AUGGUAGCAGACUUAACUAAAGGUAUACUGAAAUGGAAAUCAAGAAUAGAAUUUGAUGCCGUUGGAAGCAGUUCCUAUUACGAAGAGUUAAAGGGCUUACCUCCCCUUGCAUCCCAUAAAAAAUUAACACAGGCUGCUAUCUUCAAUAGCACGAAGUAUGAGUUAUUACAAGUAAAAAAAGACAUUCUGUCCAUCUAUGAAGUUGUAAGUAGGGACAUUGACGAGGAACGCAAUCAGAUGCAGCAAAUUGAACUUCAACUUAAAAAGUCGUUAAAAAAGGUAGAACAUAGUUACAAAAACGUCUUAAAGCAAAGGGCUUCUACUAAUUGUAUCAAUGGAAAUGAUCGUCUAUUGGCCAAUGCGGAAAAAAAAAUUGGCUCGUUAAAUGAAGAACUCGCAUGUGUCAAUGAUAUUGUUUCAGAUAUUGUUAACAAUUUGACCGCAUUGAAUGCAAACCUCCCGAAGAAGGCACAAUUAUUGAAAGAUGACUCAAUAAAUGUGGCACAUUAUCCACUUCUUUUUGAUUUCCUGCAUAAAUCUUGCCCGAAGAGUAUUAUCGCUACUAGUGAAGCUAGCAUUCACGAAAAUGCCUCGCCCUCUCCUCUUUUAGAACACGAUGAAUUACCAGCAGAGAGCAUAAAUAGUUUUUACGGGGAGAACGAGCUACAGAGUGAUUCUUUAGCUCCACUUCAAACUCAUGACGAUAACAUAUCUAGUUGCAAAAAAAUACUACCCCCAAAAUUCAACACAACAAGUGGCCCUUCAAUUGAAACUAAUUUUGAAAAUAUUAGCGCAGAUGGCCUCACAUACACCAAAUGUUCUUUAAAAAACUCAAUAUCUUUGACUUAA